AUGGCUCCCACGUCAUCGAUCGAGGCCUCGCUGGAGCGUUUGACAGUCACGGAUGAGAACGACGUCGGCGAGGGUCUCAAGUCAUAUACCAAGCCGUCCAAGGUUCGUCAGAGAGUACCGGCGUGGUUAUUAGGCGGCAAUGAGGAGAGCACGAUAUUCUUAUACCCGGACCUGGAGCUGACACCUAAAACCGCCGAUCAGCUGACGGCCUCUUGCGGUAGCAAAUCGCAGGUGCCCACGAGCGGUGCGCGGCACAACCUGUUCAAGGUUGCCCUGCAGUCGCAGAGCGGCAAUGUGGCCUCUGUGACGCUGCCGUCGCAGGCCGCCGCGCAGCAGCACAAGGCCGGCAGCGGUGGCGGCGGCGGCGGCAGCGGCAGUCACAGCAACGCCCCUACCUCGCCGACCCGCAAACCCGUCCCCGCCAGCCCCAACCGUGCGGCGGAGCCUCACAAAGCCGACAGGCUGGCGCGCCUGCGGGUAGCGGAGCAGACGGAGGCACAGCGCGAGCAGGAGGAGCAGAAGCAGCGGCAGCGCGAGCAGCACAUGGCCGAGUCGUCCUCCAUAUCGAGGAUGCCCAACACGCAGUUCCACCUCGGCAUGUUCGAGGUAGGCAAGCCCCUGGGCAAGGGUAAGUUCGGCAGCGUGUACCUGGCGCGUGAGCGGUCGAGCGGCUUCGUGUGCGGACUCAAGGUUCUCAAGAAGAGCGAGCUCCAGGCCGGCGGCGGUGUGGAGAAGCAGGUUCGCCGUGAGAUUGAGAUCCAGAGCAACCUACGCCACCCCAACAUCCUCAAGCUGUACGGCCACUUCCACGACUCGAAGCGCAUCAUCCUCAUCCUCGAGUACGCCGCCCAGGGCGAACUCUACAAGAUCCUCCGCAAGGCCAGCCGCUUCCAGGAGUGGAGGGCUGCCCAGUACAUAUCCCAGAUGGCCUCGGCCCUGCGCUACCUCCACCGCAAGCACGUCAUCCACCGCGACAUCAAGCCCGAGAACAUCCUCGUCGGGCUCCACGGCGAGAUCAAGAUCUCCGACUUUGGAUGGAGCGUCCACGCACCCACCAGCCGCCGCAAGACCCUCUGCGGUACCCUCGACUACCUGCCCCCGGAGAUGAUCAAGCCCGGCUCCUCGGAUAACUACUACGAUGAGAAGGUCGACCUGUGGAGUCUGGGCGUCCUCAUGUACGAGUUCCUCGUCGGUGAGGCCCCCUUUGAGGACACGCCCGUCAUGACGCACCGUCGCAUUGCCCGCGCCGACAUGACUAUCCCCAAGUUUGUCAGCCCCGAGGCCACUGACUUGAUCAAAAAGCUUCUGGUUCUCGACCCCAACAAGCGUAUUCCUCUCGACGACCUCCAACAGCAUCCCUGGAUCGUAAAGUAUUGCGUCAAGGGUGAACGUGCCUCUAACCGGCAACGAUCCGAGUAG